AUGGAUGGCUCCGACCUCAGAGUCGCCCUCUGGCAGCAAAAGCCGCCUCCUCGCUCCUCCGACCCUGGCAUCGACUGGGCGCUCAAAGCGCUCGAUGAGGCGGCGGCCGCGGCGCAGGAUCAGGGCGCCCGGCUUCUUAUCCUCCCUGAGCUCUUCCUCGGAGGCUACCGCGCGCUAAGCGAGGCGGGCGAGGUGUGUGGCUUGCGCGAGGGCUCUCCAUCCAUCGAUCGCGUUGCGUCGAUCGCCCGCGCACACCACCUCGCCAUUGUCCUCGGCUUCUUCGAGCGCUCGGCCAAUGGGCGCGUGCAGCUGUACAACUCGGCGCUGGCGGUGGACGAGGACGGGCGGCUCGCCGCGCUCUACCGCAAGACGCACCUGUUUGGGUCGGCGGAGAAGGCCGCGUUCUCGCCCGGGGAGCGGCUCGGUCCAAUCUUCGAGCUGGUAGGCGGAGUGCGCUGCGCCCUCCUCAUCUGCUACGACAUCGAAUUCCCGGAGGCUGUGCGCAGCCUCGCGCUGGCUGGCGCCUCGCUCAUCAUCACCCCCACGGCCAACUUCGAGCCCUACUCGUUCGUGAACCAGUCGAUCGUGCGUGUGCGGGCCUUCGAGUCGCACGUGUCGCUCGUCUAUGCAAACUGGGCGGGAGAUUCGCAGCGCGUCCGCGCCGCCCUCGAGGGGCACGACGACUUUUACCUGCGGGACCGCCGCCCGGCCCUGUACGACCAGGCCGCUGUGAGGGCGGCCGCGCCGCACAAGUUCGAGGCGAGGCGGCCCCGCCCGCUCUCGACGGUCAAGUGCAUCCACGGCUGCUGCGACGACGGCCAGCAUGGCGCGGACGCGGGAGAGAUGUUGGCGUACGGCCGGCUGUGGGCGCUGCACCAGCUCGCCCCCUUCGCCGACUCUGGCCUCCGCCUGGCCGGGGUGUUGGGUGCGGCGGGGCCGGUGGACGCCCGUCCGCUCUGCAGCCUGGACUGGGCAGUGAGGCUGCCGCUCUCGUUGCUGCUGCUCGUUCGCCCGUCCGCGUCGGCGCUGCUGGCGGCGCACGUGUCCAACUUGCUGCUGUGGGCGGUGUGGAUGCCGAUGGCGUGCUCGGCGCAGGGCAGCUAG